CAGUGAAACAUGAAGGCAGCAGGAGCUAUUGAGCUUGGUGAGUCCAAAAGCACUUCAAGCACCCCAAAAAUUGGAGGGGUGAACAGAGGGGCAUCCAUUCUAGACUUCAUUCUCAGGAUCAUCGCUUUUCUUGGUACCUUGGUAAGUGCAAUAGCCAUGGGAACCACUAGGGAAAGGCUUCCCUUCUUCACUCAGUUCCUUCAGUUCAGGGCUGAGUACGAUGAUCUUCCAACAUUCACGUUUUUCGUGGUUGCCAAUUCCGUCGUGUGUGGAUAUCUGGUGUUUUCUCUAGCCCUUUCCAUCUUCCACAUCAUACGAAGCAACGCCAAAAGGAGCAGAAUUAUCUUGAUCUUCUUCGACACGGCAAUGUUGGCUCUUCUGACAGCAGGUGCCUCUGCAGCAGCAGCUAUUGUAUACUUGGCACACAAGGGAAAUGCCAAGGCAAAUUGGUUUGCCAUCUGCCAGCAAUUCAACUCCUUCUGCGAGCGCAUCUCUGGCUCCUUAAUUGGAUCUUUUGUAGGAGUUGUUGUUUUUAUUCUCUUAAUCUUGCUCUCAGCUGCAGCCCUCUCUCGACGCUGAGUGUCAG